GACAGGGGGACCUGUUCUAAAAAAGGUCCCCGGGAGAGAUGGCGCGAGGGAGUGCGCAGGCAAGUGUGUUGUAAAAGGAGGAGAGAAAGAACGAUAGCGAGUAGAGAGGAGCCGAAUUCAGGAAGUAAUUUACGUCUGAGUAUCGUUGGAGAAAGAGGACGUGCUAGUUCUGGAAGAGGAUUGUUCCAUACCACCGAGUGACUGUCUUUUUCGCCAGAGUGAUGCUAGCUGUCUAACGUUACCCACUGGAGUGAUGGACAUCAAAUCAUUGUUACCGUGAAGAUAACAGACAUGUCGUUUAUAUUUAACUGGAUCUACAGAGGCCUCAGUGGUGUGCUGCAGUUACUAGGUUUGUAUAAGAAGUCUGGGAAGCUGGUGUUCCUUGGUUUGGACAAUGCUGGGAAAACAACACUACUGCACAUGCUCAGAGAUGACCGACUGGGACAGCAUGUGCCAACCCUACAUCCCACAUCAGAAGAGUUAACCAUUGCUGGGAUGACAUUCACAACAUUUGAUCUUGGUGGUCACACACAAGCCAGAAGAAUCUGGAAGAACUACCUCCCAGCUAUAAAUGGUAUAGUCUACCUGGUGGAUUGUGCAGACCAUGAUAGACUACAAGAAGCCAAAAUUGAACUGGAUGCGCUGUUAACAGAUGAGACCAUCUACAAUGUGCCUGUACUUAUCCUCGGGAAUAAGAUCGACCGCCAAGAGGCAAUCAGUGAAGACGCACUCCGAGGGAUGUUCGGACUCAUUGGACACACUACCGGAAAGGGUAAUGUGUCACUGAAGGAGCUGAACCUGAGGCCCAUGGAGAUCUUCAUGUGUAGUGUUCUGAAGAGGCAGGGAUACGGAGAUGGUUUCCGCUGGCUCUCACAGUACAUUGACUGAUCGAUCCAUCACUAUUUCUCUUACUAGAUUCACACUAUACAAGCCAACUCAACUUACUGGGUGGGCUAGAUUAUUUCAAAUAAGAUGGCCAUUUCCAGCAUGGUUCAAGCAACUGAUAGAUGUGUAACAAGUUCAGGUCAGCCAAGUACACAAGAGGACAGACAUGCCUCACGAAUCUACCCCCUGGAAAAGCUAUUAACUGCUAGCGUGCUAUAUUUAUUGUAAUUUUUACAUUUGAGAAAGUGUGGCCUCGAUAAGUAAAUAUAUUUCUAAGACAAAUAUAUUUGUAUUGAUACAGUAUUUAUACUCUUGUGUUUUGGACAUAUUUCUUUGGGUUCAAACAGUGUUGAAAUAUGUAAAUGUUUGAUAGUAGAAUAGUAAAAUCUAAUAAUAAUUGGUACACCCUUUUAUAGUCUGAGCCCUAUGUAGUGAAUUCAAACUUCAAAACCAAUAUUGUGUAGUUUACACGUUGCGUCAUUUUCAAUAAUGAUCUGUUACUUUCUGAAAGUACUGUGGUGGUGGGCGUUUUGAAUCAUACCUCACGUGAUGUCAGUCAAACAGUUUUAUUAUUACAGUAUUAUUUCUCCUCCCACUUAUGAUGACGUUACAGGGUAGGACAUGUCAUCGCUUUGAACCAGUUCGUAACCAUGGUUUAUUUUUAAGUUGCUGGCAUUGGAUUUCAGAGGGGUUAUUGGUGUAACAGUUCCGCGUUUGUGUCUUUUCGACAUUGCUGCUCUCUCCUUCCACGAACAUUUGAAGUCGGAAGUUUACAUACACUUAAGGUUGGAGUCAUCAAAACUCGUUCUUCAACCACUCCACUAAUUUCUUGUUAACAACCUAUAGUUUUGGCAAGUUUGUUAGGACAUCUACUUUGUGCAUGACACAAGUAAUUUUUCCAACAAUUGUUUACAGACAGAUUAUUUCACUUAUAAUUCACUCUAUCACAAUUCCAGUGGGUCAAGAUUUUACAUGCACGAAGUGUACUGUUCCCUUAAACAGCUUGGAAAAUUCCAGAAAAUGAUGUCAUGGCUUUACAAGCUUCUGUUAGGCUACUUGGCAUCAUUUGAGUCAAUUGGAGGUGAACCUGUGGAUGUAUUUCAAGGCCUACCUUCAAACUCAGUGCCUCUUUGCUUGACAUCAUUGGAAAAUCAAAAGAAAUCAGCCAAGACCUCAGAAAAAAAAUUGUAGACCUCCACAAGUCUUGUUCAUCCUUGGUAGGAAUUUCCAAACGCCUGAAGGUACCACGUUCACCUGUACAAACAAUAGUACGCAAGUAUAAACACCAUGGGACCACGCAGCCGUCAUACCGCUCAGGAAGGAGAUGCGUUCCGUCUAUAAAUGUACUUUGGUGUCAAAAAGUGCAAGUCAAUCCCAGAACAACAGCAAAGGACCUUGUGAAGAUGCUUGUGGAAACCGGUACAAAAGUAUCUAUAUCCACUGUAAAACGACACCUAUAUCAACUUCCGCUCAGCAAGGAAGAAGCCACUGCUCCAAAACUGCCAUAAAAAAGCCUGGCUACGGUUUGCAACUGCACAUGUGGACAAAGAUCGUACUUUUUGGAGAAAUGUCCCCUGGUCUGAUGAAACAAAAAUAGAACUGUUUAGCCAUAAUGACCAUUGUUAUGUUUGGAGGAAAUAGGGGGAGGCUUGCAAGCCGAAGAACACCAUCCCAACCAUGAAGCACGGAGGUUAAAGCUUGGUCACAAAUGGGUCUUCCAGGAAGUUAAAGCUUGGUCACAAAUGGGUCUUCCAAAUGGACAAUGACACCAAGCAUACUUCCAAAGUUAUGGCUUAAGGACAACAAAGUCAAGGUAUUGGAGUGGCCAUCACAAAGCCCUGACCUCAACCUAUAGAACAUUUGUGGGCAUAACUGAAAAGCAUGUGCGAGCAAGGAGGCCUACACACCUGACUCGGAUACACCAGCUCUGUCAGGAGGAAUGGGCCAAAAUUCACCCAACUUAUUGUGGGAAGCUUGUGGAAGGCUACCUGAUACGUUUGACCCAAGUUAAACAAUUUAAAGGCAAUGCUACCAAAUACUAAUUGAGUGUAUGUAAACUUCUGACCCACUGGGAAUGUGAUUAAAUAAAUAAAAUCUGAAGUAAAUCGUUCUCUCUCCUAUUAUUCUGACAUUUCACAUUCUUAAAAUAAAAUGGUAAUCCUACCUGACCUAAAACAGGGAAUUUUUACUUGGAUUAAAUGUCAGGAAUUGUGAAAAACUGAGUUUAAAUGUAUUUGGCUUAGACGUAUGUAAACUUCUGACUUCAACUGUACUACAUAGCAGGCCUGGGUUCACAUACUUUUAGAAAUCUUUCAAAUACUUUGAUCUUUUUAUUUAGCCUGCCUGGAUUGCCAGGUUUGUACUUCUGGGAAUUUUCUGUUGGUUCUAUUGCAACAUACAAGCUCAAUCAAGCACAGCGGAAGUAUUUUAAAUGAUUUCAAAUUGUAAUUGAGCUAGGUCUGCUAUACCAACCAGGCCAAAUACGUUUUUCUAUAACUGCCAAAGCGUAUAGGCCUACACCCUUACAUUUAUCUAAGCAUUUCUCUUUUCAAAUGCAUAUCAUAAAAGGAAAGCAAUGGUGCCCUACAUGUAUUUUACUGUACAAAACAUGAAAUCUAUGCAGAUGAUAAUUGAUGUUUUAUUACAUGGUUAUUCCUUCAAGAAUAUAUUGAUAUCCUAUUAUUCUGUUCUAUA